UUGGAGCUAAGUGUGAAUGGGGAGAAGAGAAGAAGGGAGAACAACAACGGAAAGGGUUUUUGGUUUUGGACUCUGAAACUCAAAGUGAUGCGUUUCAUCGUUCCUUCGGCCAAACCCUAACUAACCUCGUCGUGCAUUCAUUCCCCGGGAUCAGGUGUUGCUGACUGAGAUCUGCUGAUCAUGUGAAUUUUUUUUAAUUGCCAAAUUUAGCAUUGCUUCAUGUAUCCAAAACGGUCAGGCCAAGAUGGCCCUGAUUCCAGACAGGUGCGCUCAAGUGAUAGGAUCAAGACAAGGCCAAACGUUUAUGGCCGGCCAUAUUUGUAUUACAACCAAAACCUUAGGCGCACCAGGAAAAGCAAGAUCAAGACAAGGACGGCAGCUUCACAGAUUGCUAAGAUGUUGCGUCCGGGGAAUCGAAAAUCAAAAGAUUCUAAUACUAAUUCUGGCUCUGCCAACCUUCGACGUUCAACAAGGAAAAGAAGGCUUAAUGUAAAUCUUGAAGAUUUUACGGACAGCUCUGGAGCUGAAGACGAAGACUUAAUGAGACCACCUACAUAUCCAUCAUUGAGAAACCGGAUGAAAAAUAGUGACAGACGGGAUGGUUUGAUGUCUAAUAAGCGCAAAAGAGUGGCGGAGACUAAACAAACACCUCGACGUGAAGGGCUGCGUCCUCGCCGUUCAAAGGGUGCUGCAAUAGAACGAUUAAUUUUAGAAUCAGAUGAUGAGCAAGACCUUUCAGAAGAAAAGGUUGAUCAGGAUGAAACAGAAAAUGGAAAUGAUGUUGAGGAAAAUGAUGCAGAUGAUGGCCAAAAGGAGAUUGAGGGGGAUGCUGAGGGGGAAGAUGAAGGUGAGGACGAAGGUGAUGAAGAUGGGGAUGAUGAAGAGGGUGAAGAAGAGCAGGAUGGAAGAAGGCGCUAUGAUCUUCGAAAUCGUUCAGAUGUCCGCAGGUUCUCUAUGGAGGAAGGGAAGGCCCAGCCAAGAUCUCCUCGAAGAGUGUUACAUCAAGGUAUGGGAACUAAGGUCAGCAGGGAUGUAAGGAAAGGUGGAUCACGAGUUCAUAAGCGUCAUCGUUUAGCGAGGCCUGAAGAUUCUGAUGACUCCCUUCUUGUGGAUGAGCUGGACCAAGGCCCAGCUAUUCCAUGGGGGCGAGGUGGCAACAGAUCUGGUCCUCCUUGGCUAUUUGGGGGCUUAGACAUGCAUGGAACAACAGCUUUCGGAUUAAAUCUUGCUGCAUCAGGUUGGGGUCAUCAGGGUGAUGCGGUGGCUACUCUAACUUCGGGGAUUCAAACUGCUGGACCAAGCUCUAAGGGAGGGGCAGAUAUCCAACCCUUACAGGUUGAUGAUAGUGUUAGUUUUGAUGAUAUAGGUGGGCUCUCCGAAUACAUUGAUGCUCUUAAGGAAAUGGUUUUCUUUCCAUUAUUGUAUCCAGAUUUUUUUGCAAGUUACCACAUAACUCCACCUAGGGGGGUAUUGUUAUGUGGGCCCCCUGGCACAGGGAAAACAUUAAUUGCAAGAGCUUUGGCUUGUGCUGCUUCUAAAGCUGGCCAGAAGGUUAGCUUUUAUAUGCGUAAAGGAGCAGAUGUGUUAAGCAAGUGGGUUGGUGAGGCUGAAAGACAAUUGAAACUACUCUUUGAGGAAGCACAAAGGAAUCAACCUUCUAUUAUCUUCUUUGAUGAAAUAGAUGGACUUGCACCUGUGAGGUCUAGUAAGCAAGAACAAAUUCACAAUUCCAUUGUGUCCACUUUGCUUGCUUUGAUGGAUGGUCUUGACUCUCGUGGGCAAGUUGUUUUAAUUGGAGCUACCAACAGGAUUGAUGCUAUUGAUGGAGCCUUACGACGCCCUGGUAGAUUUGACCGUGAGUUUAACUUUCCCUUGCCUGGUUGUGAGGCACGUGCCGAGAUAUUAGACAUUCACACUCGUAAGUGGAAGCAUCCUCCUCCAAAUGAGCUGAAAAAGGAACUUGCAGCUAGUUGUGUAGGUUACUGUGGUGCUGACCUGAAGGCUCUUUGUACUGAAGCUGCCAUCCGUGCAUUCCGUCAAAAAUAUCCACAGGUUUAUACUAGUGAUGACAAAUUUGUCAUUGAUGUUGAUUCUGUCAAGGUAGAAAAGACUCAUUUUAUUGAAGCCAUGUCUACUAUUACUCCUGCUGCUCAUAGGGGAGCUAUCGUGCACUCUAGGCCAUUGUCUCUAGUAGUUCAACCAUGUCUUCAGAGACAUUUAGAGAAAGCCAUGAGUAUUAUAUCUGAUAUUUUCCCUCCAGCUUCAAUUACAUCAGAGUUGACCAAACUUUCGAUGCUCUCCUACGGGUCUGCAAUUCCACUUGUGUAUCGGCCUAGGCUUAUGCUUUGUGGUGGUGAAGGUACAGGGCUGGAUCAUCUUGGCCCUGCGGUUUUACAUGAGCUGGAAAAAUUUCCAGUACAUUCAUUGGGACUUCCAUCUCUUCUGUCAGAUCCUAGUGCAAAGACACCAGAGGAGGCAUUGGUACAUAUAUUUGGUGAAGCUAGAAGAACAACACCAUCAAUUCUCUACUUACCACAAUUUGAUGUUUGGUGGGAGACUGCUCAUGAACAGCUCAGGGCUGUUCUCCUGACUUUGCUAGAAGAAUUACCAUCUGACUUGCCUAUCUUACUGCUUGGUACAUCCUCAGUUACACUUGCUGAAGUUGAGGAAGUGCCCACUUCCAUUUUCCCUCAUCGCUCAGUUUAUAAAGUGAAUAUGCCAUGUGCCAAAGAUAGGACUUUGUUUUUCAAUCUUUUGAUAGAAGCUGCUAUGUCAAUAUUGUUGGAGGGAAUCAACAAGAAAUCUCAGGAUGCAGGAUGCCUCCCUGAACUUCCCAAGGCUCCAAAAUUGGCUAGUGGUCCAAAAGUGUCUGAGCUAAAAGCAAAGGUGGAAGCUGAGCAACAUGCACUUCGUAGAUUGCGAAUGUGCCUUAGAGAUGUUUGCAACCGGAUUCUGUAUGACAAACGAUUUAAUGCCUUCCAUUAUCCAGUGACAGACGAAGAUGCACCAAAUUAUCGUUCAAUUAUACAGAACCCAAUGGACAUGGCUACCAUUCUGCAGCAUGUUGAUAAUGGUCACUAUAUUACAAGUGCUGCAUUCCUGCAGGACAUCAAUCUCAUUGUUUCCAAUGCGAAGGCUUACAAUGGAGAGGAUUACAAUGGUGCUAGGAUUGUUAGUAGAGCUUGUGAGCUCCGUGAUGCGGUGCAUGGAAUGCUCUCACAGAUGGAUCCAGCACUGGUUGCAUAUUGCGACAAGAUUGCUAGCCAAGGUGGCCCAGUUCAGUUGUCUGAUGAAUUAGGGGAUUCUACUUUCCCUGCUACUCCUGUUGUGCAGCUGGGUCAGAGUACUAGAAUGAGUGCUCGACUUCGUCAUGUCCAACCAGAGGUUAAUAUGGAUCAGAGUUAUGAAGUAUUGAAGCGAACUAAGAAGAUUGCCGAAGUGCAUGCAGCAGAAGAAAAGUCACAACAAGAUUCGGUGCCAUCAAAGUCUUCCCUGGAGCAGCAGGCAAAUGACACAAAUUCUGAAAGGCUGGAACAUGUGUCAAUUGAAGGAGAUUUGCAUGGAACUUUUACAAAUAACCUUGCUGAUGGCAACAGUCCUGAUGAUGUCACAGUGCUAGACGGUGAAUUUUUAGGAGAAGUAGAGUCUGUCAAGCAGCUUUUUGUGAAGCGUAGUGAAAAUUACAGCAUUCCACAACUUGAAAGGCUUUACACGAGAAUUAUGAAGGGCGUGUUUGAAACCAAAAAUAAAGGAGUGAGUGGGGAUCUUAAGUCUUCGGUUUUGAAGUUUCUGUUGAAUUUUGUAGAGGAUGAUGCAAAUUUCUAAUUCCUCGGUUUUUCCUUCUCCCCCAAUGAUUUAGAAAAAGGAAAGAUUUCUACUGUAAAGUCGGGAUUUUUUAAAUUUAAAUUAAAUGUCAUUUGAUUGAGUACAAGAGUUCCCUUUCAUCUCCCUUCCCCUGA